CUCUGUUGUUCCCAAUUCUCCAGCUAACCCUCAAGUGGGUCCUCAUUCUCGAUGUCUAGAACAUUUGGUGCCUCUACCACGCGCAAGCGCCGUAGUGGUGUCGAACCGAUGUCGGGGGGCCAUAGCACACUCGAAAAUCUUCUCAUCGUAGCUAACAUGUUCGCCACUGGUGCAUUAGCUUCAUUAAUUGAAAAAGAGUGGUAUACGUACAGGGUGGAACGUAACUAUGUCCUCGUCACGGUCGUGGGAAUGCUGAUGUGCGUAACCUCCCUUGUGGACUUUAUUUUGAGCAGUUCGUUUCAGGAUACCAUGUUUAUUUGGGAUCUAUGGCUCUGCAUACGAAUGCUACUCGUCCGUUCUUAUAUCAAGCGACAUUGUCGCAUCGGCGUAGAUGGAGUUACUGGACUUGGACUGCUUCAAUGUUUAUCGUUAUGGCAAAGGCCGGAGAACCAGUCAAUGCGGGUCGAUAUACACCAACGUGUCCGCACUAUGGAAAUUACUCCGGUCCUAAGCCUGGAGAGGCAUCCAACGAGCACCUUGCAGCCUCGAGAAUUUCGCCCGCCGACUGCAUGCAGCUCGGCAAAACACAAGCGAAGCUUAAUGGGGUGAAGGACAAAGUCCCUUGGGGGGCUACUGUUAAUGUAGAAUCUGCUUUGAGAAAUCCGUCUCAGAUUUGCAUGCAAUGGCAUGAAAUGUCGCAAAUCCACUCUCGUAUCAGCUCACAAAGCCAGGACUCAGGGAUGGAUGUCUCGGGGAUUAGGAGCAAACAAAGCUUCAAAGCGGCGGUAGUCCAACAUGCUCUUCCAGCAUGGGUACGUUCCUCGGUAACAAAUAAGGCCUUUUAUUCCACGGACGGUGGGCUCGGCUGUCUUUGACUCUCGUCAAAAUCUACUGGCUGCAGGCCGCAUCAACUUUUGUUGGUUGCGUGGAAUGUACCAUCUUCAAUAUCUCGCCCCUCGGCCGUAAGCCCUAUCGACAUAGAAAACAUCGACACAAACAUUUACCGUAUUAGGAGCUAGUGUAAUAGCCAGUCAAGG